UAAUUCACGAAUCUAAUGAACUCCGUAAUGAAAUUUUUAGACAAAGUAAAUAAUACUACGGGGAUCAGUCGUUAGUUUGCCCUUUUUAUUUCUCUCUCCUCACUCUUUCAGUCACUUCCUCUCCAUCUUCCCCAAAUGCCCCACCCACUCUACUGAUAAACCCUAAUUUCCCCCCCUUUCAUCAAAUCCCUAAAUCGACGAACCAAUCAAAUCGGAGUAAAACAACAAGAAGAAAAUGGGGACGCUAGGAAGAGCCAUUUACACCGUCGGAUUUUGGAUCAGAGAGACUGGUCAAGCCAUGGAUCGUCUCGGAUGUCGUCUUCAAGGAAACUACUACUUCCAGGAACAACUGUCUCGACAUCGGACCCUCAUGAACAUUUUUGACAAGAAGCCCAUUGUUGACAAGGAAGCAUUCGUGGCACCAAGUGCAUCUGUUAUUGGUGAUGUGCAGAUAGGACAUGGUUCUUCCAUUUGGUAUGGCUGUGUCUUAAGAGGUGAUGUGAACAACAUUAGCAUUGGAUCUGGGACCAACAUUCAAGACAAUUCUCUUGUUCAUGUUGCAAAAACUAACUUAGCUGGGAAGGUAUUGCCGACCAUUAUUGGUGAUAAUGUUACUGUAGGUCAUAGUGCUAUCUUACAUGGCUGUACUGUUGAUGACGAGGCAUUUGUGGGCAUGGGUGCCACUUUACUUGACGGGGUGGUUGUUGAAAAACACGCCAUGGUUGCAGCUGGAGCUCUUGUAAGACAGAAUACUAGAAUUCCCUCUGGGCAGGUGUGGGGUGGAAAUCCGGCUAAAUUCCUCAGGAACCUUACCAAGGAAGAGUUAGCUUUCAUAUCUGAAUCUGCCAUUAAUUAUACCAAUCUUGCUCGGGUUCAUGCAUCCGAGAAUGAUAAGGGCUUUGAAGAGAUUGAAUUUGAGAAGGUUCUGCGAAAGAAAUAUGCUCGCAAAGAUGAGGAAUAUGACUCAAUGAUCGGUAUUGUCCGAGAAACACCCCCAGAGCUCAUCCUCCCUGAUAACAUUCUGCCAAACAAAGGCGAACAAAAAUCUUCCUAAAUUAAACUCUCUUGCAACUCUUGCUGUCACAUUGCUGGGGUUUGUUAAUGUUAUUUUGUCAGCUAUGCUCAGAUAUUACCAAGGAUGGCUGUUUCAGUUCCAAUAAUUCAAACAAUUGUUGCCUUGCAAUUUUGGGUUUGACAUCCAUCAGUUGUUGGUUGUAUUAGAAAUUUGAUUCCUUGUGCUCUGUAAUGCCUUGAUGAUUCAUUUCGGAUGUCAAUUCAUACAUAAAGAAUCCUUUUGAGUUACCAUGUUUCAUCCUAUUCACAGGCCUUGGAAAUAAUGUGGACAAAGCUAAGGAUAAUGGUUUGUUUUACAAAGCCAAAGCAUGUUGAGCUAUUAUGUCUUGCAAACAAACAAUUCAAUCAAA